CGGACGCUCUUUAGCCCGUUGAACGCGUGCUAGGGAGGAGGGUUCUUCCGGCCGGGCACAGGGUUCUGUGUGUGUUGAAGGACGUCGGCUGCGGAAUUUGAGGCUUCGAUUGAAAUCAUGGCAGGUCCAGAAACUGAUGCUCAAUUCCAGUUCACUGGUAUUAAAAAAUAUUUCAACUCUUACACUCUCACGGGAAGAAUGAAUUGUGUACUGGCUACAUAUGGAGGCAUUGCUUUGCUGGUCUUAUACUUCAAGUUAAGGUCUAAAAAAACUCCAGCUGUGAAAGCAACAUAAGUGGAUUAUAAAUUGUACCACAUCUGUUAAGUUCCCAUGCCUGGAGAAGCUAAUGUCAACUCAAUAUGUGGUAAUUCAAUUUGUACAAUAAAUUAUGAACCUGGAAAA